GCGAGCCGCGUAAUUGGAUGAAGAAAGGGGAGAACGGAGAGAGAGAGAGAGAAUGGGAUGGAAUCUAGGGUUCUAUCUUCCAUCCUCAACCUCGAGAUCUCCUAAUCCUCCUCUUUCUUCUAUCCAUAACGCAUCUACGUCUGCUUCUUCUUCUUCCUUCUUCGAAUAGAAAAAGCUUUCAUGGGAAUCUAGAUUCCUCUGCAGUGAUCUUUCAUCCAAGUGGAGCUUUUGUUCCAGGAAUUCCACGGAAUCUGUCCGUGCUGCAAUAAGGAUCAAGAAAAGGAAGAAACUUAGAAGAGAAGAAGAGGGUUCGAUCGAUCGGAUUAAAGGGCGUAAGAGAGAGAGAGAGAGAGAGGGGUGGGGUGGGUGGGGGAGCGUGUUUUGAUUUGGGGUUUCGACGGAUCCGCCAAGUUUAAUCGUCUGGUUCAGCUGCCUGGCGGCUCUGGAGUGCAUACUAGACGUGAUCAGGGCCCUCCCAAUGGGUUCCUGCCUGUCGCCGGAAGGACGGAACGGCGGCUCCAGCUCGUCGCCCCCCGCGUCGCCGGCGUCAGGGGCCAGGCGGCGCCGGAGAAGCCUGAGGAGGCAGAUGAGUGGCUUGCCGGAGGAGCAGCUCCAUCGGAUCCCCGGGAGGAUGUUCCUCAACGGCGCCAGCAGCGCCGCCUCGCUCUUCUCCCGGCAGGGCAAGAAAGGCAUCAACCAGGAUGCCAUGAUCGUUUGGGAGAAUUUUGGCUGUAGAAGUGACACUGUUUUUUGUGGAGUUUUUGAUGGUCAUGGUCCAAAUGGCCACAUGGUGGCGAAAAAAGUAAGAGAUAUCCUCCCACUAAAGCUGCGUGCCAGAUGGGAAGUAAAUAUAGGAGAUGAUGAAUGUAAAGAGAACAAUCUCAGUAAAAGCAUGGAUUCAGAGGAAACAUCAUCUGUGUGUCUCAAUGAAGAAUUCAGAGCUUCCAUUGGCUUCAAGGAUUUGAUCAAGCGUUCGGAAAUCAUAGCAACACUGAGAGACCCAUUCCUGAAGGCUUUUAGAAAAGUGGAUAAGGAACUGAGACUGCAUCCAGAUAUUGAUUGCUUCUAUAGUGGGACAACAGCUGUUACUUUGGUUAAGCAGGGUCAAGAUCUUGUCAUUGGAAAUGUUGGAGACUCAAGAGCAGUUUUGGGGACUAGAGAUCAAAAUAACACCUUGGUUGCGGUGCAGUUGACCGUGGACCUUAAACCAAAUCUUCCCAGGGAAGCAGAAAGAAUUAGACGUUGCAGGGGCCGUGUUUUUGCUCUUCGUGAUGAACCAGAGGUGGCUCGGUUAUGGCUGCCUAAUGCUAACUCUCCGGGCUUGGCAAUGGCACGAGCUUUUGGGGAUUUUUGUUUGAAGGAUUUUGGUUUGAUUUCUGUGCCUGAGAUUUCAUACAGACGCAUCACAGAGAAAGAUGAGUUUAUAGUCUUGGCCACCGAUGGGGUUUGGGAUGUAUUAUCCAACAAAGAGGUGGUAGACAUUGUUGCUAUGGCUUCCACAAGGUCCUCUGCAGCUCGCUAUGUUGUUGAAUCAGCAGGCCGAGCCUGGAGGCUUAGAUAUCCGACCUCGAGGGUUGAUGACUGCGCUGUGGUCUGCCUAUUCCUUAAUAUAGAUUCAUCUGACAGUGUCUCCACUGCCAAGGCUAUCGUUGGUGGGUCACCAGAUGGCAUUGGGGUUCUCAGCGAUGAGCAAGAACCUCCACAGCCUACGUAUUAGAUCCAAUCGAAAGCAAAAUCUGAGCUGGAACAGAGAAUCGACAAGAUGAGGGGCAAGGAAGCUCCAAGAACUAUGUCUAGAUCCCAAUCAUAUCGACAAUUCAUCAAUGAUGAUGCCACCCAAACGUAAGGUGACAAUUGCUGUGCUCUAGAGGGAGUUUCAAGUAAAUAUCCCAUGAUUGCCACCGAAAUUUAUCGCAUGUCAGAAUUAAGCAUCCACCACCAAGAUCUCUGCAGGCUAACUGAAAUGUCUGCAGUUGGUGCUCCUAUUCUUGUUGAGAAGAGUAGCCCGACUAUAUUUGAAUGUGCAGGUGUUCUCUCUCUCUCUCUCUGAACUCUAAAUAUCAGUGUGUUGGAUUGCAUUUUUAGUACAAUUCCAACCUUGUUAUUGUGAUCUGUUAUAAUCUUCAUGUCCACUACUGUGUUGUCCUUCGAGGAACAUAUGCAUGGGACUGUCGUUGAUCUGUAUUCAAUCUUAUUAUGUCCAAGUAUUAUGUUUGUGUUGGUAAUAUAUACUCCGAUAGAUUAUGAUGGAUCA